AUGACCUCCACUGACGAGCAAGAGAAGGCCAAGACGGCCGAAACCCGGCCCUCAACUUUUAAUCCGGACGCACCAGUGUUCAAGCCCGCGCAACCGCGCCCAUCUGGCAAGCUGAACGCCAACGCGCCUGAGUUCAUCCCUGGGCAACUAGGAACGUACGAUGGAGGUAUUGGAUAUGUGUCAGUACCCGAUGUUAAACAUGGAAAGGGUUACAACAAGGGUGGAUACCAUAGGCCAAUACCUUAUGUACACCCUCCCGACGGUCAGUACCCCCCGGCCUGGUCUGGCCCGCAUCAGCAAUUUAUGCCGCUUUGGGUACCCUGUCCGCAGGAUGUGUAUGCUGGCGGCGCGGUGUACGACUAUGUGCCGUAUAGAUACGGUGCCGGGCGUGGAUAUGAGGGUGGUGAUGGACAGCCUAGGCCUAUGAGGGGCACAAGACACGGUACCCCCAGCGUCCAAGGCCACAAGCGAGAGGCCAGCGUUUCACACGCAAUGGGCAUGCCUCCACAAGCGCAUGGACCUCCUAGGCGAGUUGACACCGCAGAGAAGCGUAAGGACAACAAAGACCUAGGGAAAAUAUCGGAAGGAAAGGUUAAGGCUGAACCAAAGGUAGUGACAAAGGAACCCGCUGCACGAGCCCCUGAAGUGCUCGUUGCACCAAUCGCAACCCCGCCUCCCGACGCGAAAUCCAAACCGCUCACGUGGGCUGACAGAUUCCGCCAUUCCCAGCCCAAGGAAGAGGCGCAAGAUAUUCCAAAGGUAGAAGAAAGCAACCUCCCCACGUCAAUUUGGAAGGGGCGCCCUACCUUUGCCGACAUGAUGAAGAAGGCAGCGGAAGCGGCACGUAAGGAGGAAGAGAUGAAAAUGGCGGCUGCAAAGGCGGCAGCGGCGCAGAAGCUUGCUGAACAAACUGAGGCCCAAAAGGCACCUGGGAGACCUGCCGCGGGUGUCACUCCGCCCAUAGUAUCUGAGCCUAUACGUGGGGCAACACCUUUGGUUACGGCUGAAAGAGUGCCGAAUGCUACCGAAGAUUUGAUUCUCAAUAAAGCUAAAGCUGACGUCGCUAAAAAGGAAGUAACGAAAGCUCACGCUGAAGCGCCUAACCACAAGCAGAAAAAGAGUGAGCAGGUUGCUGACAAGGAUCAAAAGAUACCCAUUCAUCAAUUCGACGUUUUGCCCUCUGCGGAACGCCAAAAUGGCACCGUAGAAGUCCAGCCAGAGCAGCAGAUUUCGACGAAACAAGUGUCGCGGCCUGAGGAACCGAAAACGCCAAAGGGUGCUUUGGAAACGUUGCCUUCAGUUCAAUCCCCGUCAGUGCAGCCGGAGAUGUCCGUAAACUUUGUUGAGUCCAACAGGUCUGAAGGAGUGACACCAUCCAAUCGUGCCGCACCAUCAGGUCCGUCUGUGCACUCUCACGGGCUUGAUUCGUCAAAGUUCGAUAAGAUACUGGGUGUUAAGGCAGCUAUACCUGAACAACCCAAAGAUGAUGUUCAGAGCGCAGAAUACGCAGGUGGUUUAGAUCAUUUUCAAACUCUUGAAUCCUCCCCACCGCAAAGUUCAAUUGAACUGCCGGAAAUAUCGGAAUCGGAAACAUCCGAUCAGUGGCAUGAGAGUAGAGAAACUCUGAGGUCAAAACAGUUGGAGGAUGCUGCAUCUCGCCAACUGAUUGAAUCCGGUGAGGAACUUGAGGAGCCUCUCGGCGACACAUCCGAUAUGUCAGUAGCGACGCCGUCGUCUGACAAACUCGAGCCCGAGGUGUUUGCAAAAGCCAAACAGUAUUCCCCACCUCCAAGUGAUCUCGUAUUCCCGAUCGAUACCUUGGUUUCGUGUGGAUUUGAAUUGAUGAGGGUAGGGCUCGAGUUUAACUCCGAACUGGUCUUCUCACUCAGCAUUAAUAGGGAUAUAAAUCCAAAUGGUGGGUCGGAAAGUCGCCGAACAGGUGGCGCUCGUUACGAGGACAAGAACUAUGCCCACAAGUACAAAGGCGACAACUGGGUGAUGCAACGACGGCACGCGAAGCCGGAGCAAAGAGGUUUUGGUGGAUGGAACAAAUCUUCCAUGGAAUUUUCAAGAGAUCAGCUAGAAGCGUUAUCACGACCGCAGGCGUCUGAAUCCUCGUGGAUCCGUAAACAGGCCAAACUCAAGAUGGAUAAAGACCAGCAAUUGACGCGCAGGCUGAUGGGUUUGCUCAACAGAUUGACGAUCGAAAAGUUCGACACAAUCUACAGACAAGUCUUGAUGAGCGGUGUUGAAACCGUGCAACAGGCGUUUAUGUUAGUCAAGAUCAUCUUCGAAAAGGCCAUCACGCAACACCACUUCAUCCCCAUGUACGUAGAGCUGUGCGCAAAGUUGUCUUACGAUUUGGACAACUUCCUCGCCGUUGAUCCACAGCAGAGCCCCCAAGGUCAGCAAGACACACAAUCCACGGCUGCUGCAGGGGAACGCAAGACAACCAAGAAAAGCGAAUUCAUGAGGAUCUUGCUGAAUUGUUGUCAGGAUUCGUUUGAGAAUAACCUGAAGCCCCUUGAGUUCCCACCCGACCUUGAAGGUGAUGAUAAGUUCGAAUUCGAACUCAAGUACAAACACAGGAUGAGGGGAAAUAUGAUUUUCGUCGGUGAGCUCUUCAAGCAGAAGCUGCUGGCAGCCAAAUUGCUUAUAACAUGCCUAGACCAGGUAUUUGCCAAACGCAAUGAAUGCAUUGCUUCCACGGGCAGCAUUGACACGGGUGACAACCACCUUGAGGGUAUGUGCACCCUGCUGCAAACCGUCGGUAAAUCGUUCGAUACCGAUAAGUGGAAAUAUGCUGCGGAGCUGGAAAAGCGCAUCCAGAUGCUUACAGACCUGGGUAGAAAUCCCCAAAUAUGCUUCCGUAUAAGGUGUCUCAUCCAAAACGUGUUGGACAGCAGACACGAGAAGUGGGUCAAGUCAACACCGUACAAGGUGGAGGGUCCAUGCAGAUUACAAGAGCUUCGUUCCAAGGUAAUGGAACAGGAAAAACAGCAAGAAGACAAUGCUUGGCGUACCAAGAGGCGCGGUAAGAGCUACGAGGUAAGGGCGCCCUCGCCCAGGCCACAGUCGCCGAAGUCAUCCGCAGCUCCAAACGUUCUGUCCACCCCGUCUAUACCACCUCCAAUGACGGCGGAGGAAUUGAAACGGCGCACCAGGGGCAUUGUGCGAGAAUUCGUAAUGUCCCACGAUCCGAAGGAGGCAUCGCUCUGUGUCAGUGAGUUGAAUCUGCAACAGACACGCGACUGGGAGCUCUAUGCCUACCUCUUUAGUGCAGCUCUGGAGGCAUGUGCUAAAUUGACGGCUGAUCAGGACAGACAACUUGUUGCCAAGUGGAUGUCGGAUCUUGCAAUCGGAAGGUCAUCGCAGGAUGCUCUUGUAAAGUGGUUACACGGUUUCCUCAGGGACGAACCAGCUGAUCAUGGAUACUCCAUGAUGAUUGAGGACUACCCGGUUGUGCCUCUCAUGUUGAAGGAGCUUCUGAACUGCAUGAAGGAGAGCUACAGCAACGUCCGUGGGUUUACGGAGGUAGAAAAAAUCAUUGAAGGCGAGAUAUACCCAGCGGUAGGAUUGAUGGUUUAA